AUGGGGGAUUUUAAUUACACCAUCAGCGACGACAAAAGAAAAGGGGGCAAGAGAGGUAGCACUUCAGAGACCAACCACCUCAAGGAUCUCAUGUUCAAAUUUGGUGCUAUUGACUUAGGGUACUCAGGGAGCAAAUUUACUUGGGCAAAAGGGAAAUGGGGCAAUGCUGCUAUUAAGAGAAGGUUGGACAGGGGAAUAGCAAACAUUUCAUGGAGACUAACUUUCCCGAAAGCUACAAUCUCCCACCUUGGGGCUAUUAAACCAGAUCACACCCCUAUACUUCUAGAUACCAACCCUGAUGAAGAAUUUGCCCAUAUGCCUUUUAGAUUUGAAGCAGCUUGGCUAAGGGACAAAGCCUAG